AGUCUACGUUGCAUUUCAAAAAUAUCUCGUAAACAUCAUCGAGACAUACCAGCUGCAUAAUAUCUUAAAAUAAUGAGAUGCAUAGACGCAGCUAUGAGGAGAAAUGCCGCAAGGAACGAGUUACUAAACAAUAUGUCUAAAAAUACAACCGGAUCACCGUCAUCAGAUCUAAAAAAUGAGAAGCCGCUAUCAUCCAAGGACCUUCAUCUAUGGACCGCCUGGCUGAUAAAAGUCGUAGAAACAGCUGAAUACGAGUGGGAGGACUGGCUGUUCACCUACAUAGAUUUCAUUACCAGACUGAACGAAUAUCUGAAGAAAGCCAAGUUGGAAAUCGAAACGAAAGCGGACUGCCCGCCAAAUCGUCAGCGCCAGGAAAAUGUUGCUGAGGGGAUCUGUUGCGAAUACAAAUGCGAUACUGAUACAAUUGAUAAUCGGGAUAAUUCAAAGAAAAUCAAUGAGGACAACGAUGAGGAGGACAAGAUCAUUCCAUUACCUCUAAGUAUAUGUGGAAUGGAAACAGUUGUAAUGAAUUUCAACAGAGAAGCAGAAAAAUAUGAAAUUCUUUACGAAGAUUGGAAGAGAAUUGCUGAGCAGAUAAUUAAGGAUAUCACGGGGAAGACCCUGGCAUCAGGAGAACAAGAGGACUCUUCUGACGAGACUUCCUUCUUCCCAUAUUUAAAAGAGGAGACGUGCAUUGAUAUAGGAAUUGAGCUCGACAUGGAUGUGCUGGAUUCGUGUGCUCCCGAGAAGAUCACUUGUGACAACUGUAAUUUAUUUUUCAAUAUAAAAGAUUAGAUCAAUAUUAUUAAGGGCUUAUCUAACAAAAUUUAAGUUCGGCAAGAAUUUGUUAACUCAUCAAGAAG